AGCAAAUGAGGAAAACCAAGCCCCAGAGAGGUGAAGCCAUUUGUGUCAAGGACACGUGGCUAAAAAAUGGCAGAGUAGAAGUUCACAUCCAAGCAGGCUAAUUUCAGGAUCUGUGCUUGUGACCCUGUGUUACAAAAUAAAGUGUAAUCAUCAAUCACAAUUUAGAAUCCAAACAUCUGCCCAGUUUUAAGAAAUUAAGAACAUCCUAGGUCAGGUGGGAGUUUUGUUCUUGGUGGUUGGUUGUCGAGGUGGGUAUUAACUGAGCCAAGAUGCUGCGGAAUCUGCUGGCUCUUCAUCAGACUGCCCAGAGGACCAUAAGUACUGCUUCACACAGGCAGUUUGAAAAUAAAGUUCCAGAGAAACAAAGGCUAUUUCAGGAGGAUAAUGGAAUUCCACUGCAUCUAAAGGGUGGAGUAGCUGAAGCCCUCCUGUCUAGAGCUACUAUGAUGCUUACAGUUGGUGGAACAGCAUAUGCCAUAUAUCAGCUAGCUAUGGCUUCAUUUCCCAAGAAGCAGGAUUGACUUCAGUUUAUCAUCUUAGCAGGCAGUUGGUUCAGUUUCGUUCAGCUCUCUAUGGACCAGUAUCUGAUAAAUGAGUUCUUUGGGGAUCAAUACUUAUUGACUUAUACUAACUGCCACCAAUAAAGCAGUCUUUACCAUGGAAAAAAAAGAA